AUGUGCAUGGAUACAAGGUCGAUCGCCUGCAGGAUGCUGCCGUGCGUCAUGGAGCAGCAGGAUUGCGAUCCUGAGGUACAACUGCGGUUGCUAGUGGUACAUGUCCGGGCCGCCUCCCUCCUCUCUAGGUUCGACCAUGAAGUCAUGAAGAUCCGGCUCAAGCACGGACAACCACGCGUUUCAUCGGCAUGCGAAACGGUAGCCGUCCUCUUCGACCGGGAGCUGGUGUUCCGCUGUAUGCCGAAAUUUCCCUUGGUUGCAGACUUUGACACCUUCUGCGUGUUUCUGUGGCAAGGCUCUUCGUUGAGGAUCCGACUAGUCGCAGUCUCGGGCAAGGACCGCGUGAUCGCCAAGGCUGUGGUGCCUCUGGGGGACGCGGUCGGACUCCAGGAGUUCGAUUUGCAGCUCGCGGGCCUUCCUGGACUGUUGACGCCGUCUGAGGAGGUUGUCGGCCACGUCAGCGUUGCCACAGAGAUCCACAAUAUGUCCAGGCGCGACCUACUUCAGCAUCUGCAGCGCCUCCACGCGCAGAGGCGGCAGGGUGCGUUCGUCCUCGCAGAGGUGCCGCUCGGCGAGAUCUACGGUCCAUGUGAGGAGGCCGAGCAGGAGGAGGAUCUGGUCUCGGUCAUGCCGGUCGUACCCGUCAACGUUUGA